UGGUUUUAAUACAUUGCACACUUCCUAAAUGCCGUAUCUUUCAUAUAUCUCAUCCACUUCAAAUGAGAUCCUGGGUUGUACAGAAGUGGGGUUCCAAAGUCCAUAGGGAGGGCUCACUGUAGCCGCGAAGUACCUGGCGGUUGUUAUCUGGCCGAGUUGGGCACAUGUCGAUGGCUGUUCGAUCGACACGGUUGGCCUGUGGGCCGCGCGGCGCCCUCCUGCUGCUCCUCCUAGUCUUGCUCAGUGCCUUGGUGGUUCUGCAUAAGGUCACCCAGUCACCGCUCCUUAACCAGAACCAAAUCCUGCAGGAUCACUUAAGGGGCCAGCACGGGCGGUAUGUCCGAUCCACACGAACCAUUCUCCUUUGGACCGACUUUUUCGGGGAUCCGCGCUGGAAGCUCUCCUGGGACACUCUGGGACCGCAGGAGCUGCGGGAUGAACUCCACUGUCCGGUCCACCAGUGCGAGAUCAGCAACCAGCACGCAUUCCUGCCCGCAGUGGAACUCUAUGACGCCAUUGUCUUCCAUGCGGCGGAGAUGUUUCCGCUCCUGCGCCCGGUGCCCUCCCAGAGAAGCCCACACCAGGCCUACGUAUUCGCGUUGAUGGAACCGCCCGGCGAGACUAAGCAUCGACUGGACGACGAACAGGGGUUCUAUAACUUCACCAUGACUUAUCGACUUGAUUCGGAUGUAUUUUGGCCCUACGGGCAGCUGCUGGACAUCGCAACCAACGCCGUGGUGGCGCCCAGUGUGAAACCGCCUUGGAGGAAGCCUCCCGCGACUUUUAACGACUCCCUGGUGUGGGACUUCUGGUCGGGAAAGACGAAAACGGCCGCCUGGUUCGUCUCGCAUUGCGAAACGUUGUCGAAAAGAGAGGUCUUGGCUAAUAGGCUUCAGGAAUUUUUUGACGUGGACAUUUACGGCAAAUGCGGAACACUCAGCUGCAUGCGGGGUGAUCCGCGCUGCGACGAGAUGUUGGACACGGACUACUUCUUCUACCUGGCAUUCGAGAACUCGCUGUGCGACGACUACGUGACGGAGAAGCUGUUCGACGCCCUCCAACGAACCGUGAUACCCGUGGUUUUCGGCGGAGCGGACUACUCGCGCAUCCUGCCCCCGCACUCGUACAUCGAUGCGAAUCGCUUCGAGACCGUGGAAGAGCUGGCCAAGUACAUGAGCUACGUGGCUGGGGAUCCGGAUCUGUAUGUUAGCUACUUCUGGUGGCGCCGCCACUACCGCUUGGCAUCCAGCUCCCCGUUUUGCGACCUGUGCGCACGGCUCCAUGCUCCCGCAUUUGGCCACAAAACGCAGUUCUACGACGACAUCCAGUCCUGGUGGUUCAACAGUUGCCGCUUGGAAAGCCGAAUACGUUUGUGAACUGUGCCCGGAUUAGAACAAGAUAGUUGCGACCAGCAGCACAGUCGCAUCGAAAAAGAGCGAGACGCACUUCGCAUCUCCCGCCCGCCAUCUGCUUGGGUUUACUCAUGUGAGGAGGGAAAUACAGGACUCAAAACUCAGGUCGCAUUGGACCAAAAUGGGAGGCGGCUGUCGGCGUAGGCAAAUAAGUAGGUAUUUUGUUAGGAAUUAUUUUAAAAGGAACCGCCUCGGAUUGUUUGUAUUUAAAUAAGCAGUAUAAACUACUCUUAUUAACAAAUAAAAUGUUUAAUGUGAAAUUCAAAAGGGACGUUGGACAAAGACUACUUCUCGACCAAAAUAAACGUGGAGAUACAUUCAAUAUUGUUUCGCUAAAAACCUUUUUAAGGCUCCAGGCUGAUCUAAUUUAAAACUGUUGUAGUUUUUAUUGUAUGCGAGUACACGCGAUAAAUUUCCAUGCAUAAUGUCUUAGUAGGAAACCACAAAUACUCUUUUAUAAGAAUUUUUAAAUUGCAGUCCGCCUUUGACCAGUGCUACUAAGUUUUCGAGUGAAUACUAAUAAGCCAGACUCUCCUGGUAUUCCUAAAAAACUGAGGAGAUAUUUCCAUGUUUCAUUCCAUAUCGUUAUAAGCUACCUUUUUUUUUUUAGCUCUGCCAGUCGAUUGUGUAUUUCAAUAAAUACAUAUGUAAGUUCGCGUAAGUAAGCAUAAGAAGGGACUUCUUCCAUCACUACAACCUUUUACAAAGCCAACGUAUGUAAUACAUUAAUAUGUUACUGGGAUCGCAACUACUCUUGGGGUAUUGCGGAGCUAGGCAGCUGCAGCCGCGGGAACUGCAAGUGGGAUUUUUGGUUUGUGCCUAGAACUAAACGCCGUAAGUUGUAAAACAGUUGUGUAAAGUGUUAUAUUUAUUAUUAGUUAUCCUUGAUGCAUAAAGGUCCCGGAAAUUAGACAAUGCCACAAACUCAACACUGGAUCAGACAUAUGCACUGUGCCACCACCACGGGAGCAGAAAACAUUAUUUGGAAACUAGACUAGCACAUCUACAUAUAUAUUUAUAUCUAACCUUUAAUCGCACAUCUAUAAUCUCGGUAUAUCGCCCUUGAGGGUCUGAUUCGCUGCAACAAGGCCUGCGUCCAAGAUCGUCGUAGAUUGCAGCGUGGGGAUCCUCCGGGGCAUCCUUUCGAGAGCGCCUAUUGUGCGGGUGCCGCGUCCUUGAAAAAAGUCGUUGCUAAUCCUAGUGCAUAGCCUAUGCCGCACUCCGAGUUGGCCGAAUAUUGUUAAUAAAUAGGUCUUUUUCGCUUUUGGUAAUAUGUUAAUUGUUUAAAUACUGCCCGCGACUAUUGCAAAUUCUCGUAUGGAUACGUAUGUAUGUACCUUAAAUGGGUUACAGAAUUUAGCACACCUACCAUUUCGUACCUCCUGUAUUUCCCAAUGGAGCUUCCGAAGAUUAGGUGACCCUGUAUGAGC